AGUAGCGAAGAGGCGAAGAAAGAACAGAGGCUUAUUGAUGCUAUGUUUCUUUGUGACGAGUGGAAAUCUUCGAAAGGUGGAUUAUCAACUUUCAAUCGCGAGUUAGCCAUUAAUUUGGCAGAGAUAACAACUGGUAGCAUGAAAAUCCACUGCUAUGUCUCGAAAAGCGAUGAUCAGGAUAGAGAAGAUGCUAAACAAAAUGGAGUGAAUUUAAUCACCGCUCAGACUGUUCCUGGGUCGCGAGAUCCCUUAGAUUGGUUGAAAGUUUUACCUCCAGAGCUUCCGCAUCCGCAUAUUGUGAUUGGUCAUGGCAGAAAACUUGGAACUCCAGCAUGUCACAUCGUACGAGCUACAAGAUGUAAAUGGAUUCAGUUCGUCCACGUCUCCUGCGAGGACCUUGGAAAGUUCAAAGAAACUACCGCCACGCCUGUUAAAGAUACGAUCGAGGAGAACGAGGAGAAACACAAGUUGGAAAUUGAGUUGUGUAAAGCAGCGGAUGCAGUUGUCGCUGUCGGCUCACGUCUACAACAGAAGUACAGCAGAAGUCUACCAAAUGUGAAAGUGGAGAUCAUCACUCCUGGAAUUACGGGAAAGUUUUGCAACGAAUCGAUAGAAUCAGGAGAACAUGCUGGUUUAUCAUCGAGGACGUUGAAUAACAUGUUCAUGAAGACAUUCCACGUCUUCAUGUUCGGCCGAGCAAACUUUGAAGACCUUACGUUAAAGGGUUAUGAUAUAGUAGCAAAUGCCAUAGGCUCCCUUGGAGCGGAAUUUGAGCUCACAUUUGUUGGCUCUUCUCCUGGUGACCACCGAAACGUAGAGCAAUGGUUUCUCCAGAAAACAUGCAUCAAACGUAAGCAGAUUACCAUUCGUGGUUAUUGCACUAAACAGGAUGAACUGAAAGGAAUGUUCCACCAAUCAGACCUGGUUGCUCUUCCUUCACGUACAGAAGGAUUUGGAUUAGUUGGCCUGGAGGCCAUUUCUUGUGGUGUUCCUGUUCUUGUAUCUGGUGAAUCUGGUUUGGCUGAGGCUUUGCAAGGUGUACAAGGUGGAAAUGAUGUUAUUGUAAAAUCAGAUGACGAUGCGGUUGAAUGGGCACGGAGGAUAAGUGAGGUGUCUAGCCAAAGUCUAGAAGAGAGACAAAGCAAUGCCAGAGAGCUCAGAGAGAACUACAGGAAGGUUUACCCUUGGAGAAUGGAAUGUGAGAGGUUCAAAGGGCUAAUUGAAAAUGUUGUGAAAACUGCAAAUGGUAAGCCCACUUCUUUUCAUUUUAUUUUUUGUGCAGUACACUUGCUGAAAUGUUAUGCUGCAUGUAUUGUAUGAAGCUAAACCUUAGGUUUAGACCGAGCCACAUAAGAUAAACUGAAUACUGGUACAUGUAGAUAAGCACAGGUAAAGUACACCUGUCUGUCCUGAGUGGUUACAGUUAUCUAGAAUUGUGGUUGGACUACAAGUGUUCAAGUGCACUGCCUUUUUGAGUUUUUUUUUUUUUUUUGUAUAAAAAAGAUAACUAUAUGCAGAGUGGUAUUUUGCUUACCCCAGUCAGAUUGUAGCAUUAGAGUAUGUAUCUCACACCAAUCAGAUUACCACAUUAGGGUAUGUAUCUUGCGCCAAUCAGAUUGCUACAUUAGGGUAUGUAUCUUGCAUCAAUCAGAUUGCUGCAUAUGGGUAUGUAUCUUGCACCAAUCAUAUUGCUGCAUUAGGGUGUGUAUCUGGCACCAAUCAGAGUGCUGCAUAAGGGUAUAUAUCUUGCACCAAUCAGAUUGCUACAUUAAGGUAUGUAUCUUGCAUCAAUCAGAUUGCCGCAUAUGGGUAUGUAUCUUGCACCAAUCAGAUUGCUGCAUUAGGGUGUGUAUCUGGCACCAAUCAGAGUGCCGCAUAAGGGUAUGUAUUUUGCAUCAAUCAGAUUGCUGCAUUAGGGUAUGUAUCUCGCACCAAUCAUAUCACAGCAUUUGGAUACCUUGCACCAAUCACAGUGUUUGGGUAUUGUUUUCAUACAAAUGAUGUUAUGGGAUUAGAGGGCUGUGCACAAAGAAUGGCAUUUACCAGAAAUUUUGAGCUCAUUUGAUAAGUGCAGUGGUUUGUGGCCUUUGCAAGAGCCUCGUCAAUUAAGAUUGAGUUUUUUUCAGGAUAUGAAUGGCUCACAUUUUACUUUUUAUAUAAUUUUUAAGUUAAAACAUGUUUUAUCCUCUACUGUGGCCACAAUGCACACUCCAAAAAACUUUCUUUCCUUUAUCUACCAUGAAGACAACCAUUUCACUAUGUGAGCAUUGGUAAUUUUUCACAUGCCUGAAUGGUAUUCCACCAAUCAAAUUCCAUUUUGCCACAGUAGACAUUGCUCCAUCACAUGUCAUUUCUUAUAAACAACCUGCAUUUUAUUACAUAUUCUAACCACAUUGUCCAACUCCACCAAAAGGAAUUCACAUGGAAGUAAAUAGGACUGACAGUAAACUUUCCACACAAAUCUCCCAUGUUUUUACUUAACCCAAUUGCAAGUCAGUUGCUCAUAAACAAUCUGUAUUUUUUCAUGUAUUUCACACACAGAGGGCAACAACCAAUCAAGGAAACUGUAAUCUUUUAGAUCAAUCAGAAUUUUGAUGCUACUAUGGAAUGAGAUAAAGAUGUAAAAGAAACUGAAACUGAAGUGCUCAAUAGAUAUACUGUAUGUGGUAAUCUCUUCAUUGGUAACAAGCUCUUUGUUUGAUUGGUGUUGCGUCAUCGUCAUGUCCUCGCAUUUUUAGUGGUUAAUUAGGUAAGAGGUGAAAAAACCUUUUUAUAUUAGGAUUAAAUUUGACUGUUACAAUUUAACAGGUGGUGAAAUGAAUAUUAAGGUUGAUGUGGAUGACUUGAAACCUGAAGAACAGAAUGUGCAGACUGGCAUGUUGGCAACAGAGUCUGUCAGAUGUCAAGAGGUUCAGCAGCCUAGGGCAUCUGCUACAUCAGCUGCAUCUGGAAGUGUGUCUUAUCAACAGACAGAAGAUCUCCAUGCUCUUAAAGUGAAAACCUUUCUAUCAGUUAUUAAAGAUUCUUUCUACAACACAAAUCCACAGUCCAUUGAAGAGUGCAAUUGGUUUAUGGAAUACGCACAAAAAAUGAGGCUGAUCAUAACUGGUGUUGAUGAUGGAAGUUUGGUGAUAACAGUGAAGUGUGAAUCUCUAAUGAUCUUGGAGGAGUUGUGGACAGAUUACUCCUCUGGUCAUCUUGGUGAAGUUGUUCAAAAUUGUUUUGUAACUGAAAAGAUCUUGAAGGAACUAAACCUGGCUGAGUUGAGGCUGAAGACAACAAUGGACAUAGAGGAGUACAAUGCAUGCAAAAUGUUCUUUGAGAAAGAUGCACUUAGAGGUUGGUAG